AUGACCUCCAGGACCCCCAUCGGCGUCCACCCGCGACCGCCGCAACGAACCCUCAGCAGCACAUCGCUGCCGUCGGCUCAGCGGCCUCCGCCCCAACGCGCUCUAUCGCAGCAGCUGUUUCCUUCAUCGCCUGUGCGCAAGGACUCGGCCCUCAGCGAUGCCUCGAGCGAUUCCGUUGACCCUGUCCAGGCCCAAGGCCAAGGGCAGGGUCAGAACACAAUCCUCGGCCAAGGCCAUGGUCGCCUUGUCACCACGCCGCGAAGAGUCGGCUCUCGGUUGCGCCUCGAACUUUCUAAUAUCGACCCUCCCGGAAGCGCAGCUUCAGCAUCAAUCUCGGCCUCGGCCUCGGCGUCUGUUUCUGCUGCCUCGUCGCCACAGAGCCAUACCACGUCGCGUGGGCCGUCCAUGGCUGACGCUGCAGACGUCGACGGCUCUAGCCCAGCACCCUCUCGGGCCUCGGCCGCCGACUUUGACAAUGAUAACCAUCCUUUACCCAUGCCCAGACGACGCCCGCCGACAUCGCAGACAUAUCCAGAGCUCUCGAGACGAUUAGCAGCUCCUCCGAGGCCUGCGCCAGCCCUUAAGAAGGAUGGGCGCCCGAGGCCGUGGACCGUCGAGGUUCCCAAAAACGCUCCACGUUAUCCCUCUGCUGAGAAGAAGCCCAACGCAACGGGUGGUGACCCGUUCAGUCGAGGCCUCUUUUCUGGACACGCCGACUUCUUUCCUUGGCAUGGCGGCAAUGGCAAGCACCACGAAGACGACUGGAGCCCUGAAGCGAUCCAGAAGGGCACCUGGGAUCGCGGCAAUCAGAACGAGACGAGUACCGCGAGGAUGACAAUAUCCCCAGCCAUCAAGCAAAAGACGGGCCUGGGUGCCCUAUCCACCAUCUUCAUGGGUGUUCUCAACCAGCGCAGACAUCGCGGCCACGUCACUGCUCCAUCGACCUUUAAACCUCCUCCCCGCGUUACCCUGACCGAUACCAAGAGGGAAGUUUGGAUGAAGGACUUGGCCAACCCUGCCAUCUCUCUUCGCCGACUAAGUAGGACGAUCCCUCACGGCAUCCGCGGCCGAACUCUUCUCGACCAGUGUUUGAAUAAAAGCGUGCCGACCGAACGAGCUGUCUGGCUGGCCAAGUGCGUCGGUGCCAACGAGAUUCGCGCUUUUAAACGAAAAGGAGCCCCCGGCGGCGCUUUUGCUAUAGCAGGCGAGUUCAAGUGGAUAAGGGAUUGGACCGUCUUUGUGGAGCAAUUCAUCGAGUCCGUUUCCUCCGCCUUUGGUGAGCCGGACUGGAAGGCCAAGUUGACUUAUGCCAUACGACUUGCCACAAACCUAUACGCCGAACAGCUCCUUGACCGGGAUCACUAUCUCGAUUGGAUCACAUCUGGCCUCGAGCAUAGCCCCCAGUCCAAGAUUCCCAUGUGGAUCCUGAUUGCUCAGAUUUGCUGGGCUGACAUCCUGCGCUCCCGAAAAUAUGGACGGCGUCUUGUUUAUUCACUUCUUGCACAUCUCAAUACCAUUCAUAUCCAUCCUGACAAGGAUAUCCUCAUUCAACUAUCCAGCCAGCUUUCGACGCUGUUGGUUUCACUCAUCAGGAACAACCCCGAUAGCUUCAUCGACCCAGGACUUUGGCCAAAGUACAAAGAUGCCCUAGAGGCCUUUUUACCACGGGAUGACAAAGCAGGCCGAGAAGCCUAUCACUACAUCAAUAUUAGAAAUGGCCAAUUAUCUAUUACUAGCACUGCUUCGCCAUUGGUUGGGCGACCACAGCUGGUGCGGCUUUUGGACGCAACACUCCUCAGCCAGAUAGACCGUGAUCUGCCCCAAAAAUGCUGGGCCACUGGAGAUGACAAAGUCGAUAUUGUGAGGACUACUGUGGACUGGGCUACUUCCUUUUACCGCCCCGGCUUGGCAAGGGUGUACAUUGCGGCCAACUUAAUCAGGUUUUGGAGCUCGCUCAGGGUUAACGUCACUGGUGCGAUUCUCGAGCACAUGGACACCAUACCAGUCGGAGAUGGGGGUCGGAAGCAGACCGUCUACCAACUCGUGACGGAACUGGUUCGAACAGGCCAGUUUUCGGUUCCCCAGUACCUAAAGUGGCUUGUGGCUCGCGGAGCCUGUAGCCAACCUUCCGAAGUUGACUCCGAUGAUGCUCCCUGCACCACCAGAUUGCUUGUUCACCUCCCAAUACGCUACCUCACUGAAGAUCAGAAGGAUGACCGGGCUAAUCUGCUAAGACGAGCCGCCAACUAUUCUACUGUCGAGGAAGCAAGUGAUAUUGGCAACGCUCUAAUGUGCGUCAACCACACUUUGGGCUUGCCGGUGCAGGGCGAUGCCAUGGCUGGUAGAAAUCCGAUUCCCUUGCGAAAGCUCGUCCCUAGAAUCGUCAGCAGCUCAAAGGCUUUGCAGACCACUGUGGGCCUUCACCUGCGCGAGACUGUCUUGAGGCUCGUCAAGUCCGUCCAACCAGUGUCUCUGCGCCUGUUCUCCGCUAUACGCACCAUUUUAGAGGCGACCCAGGACUUUUAUGCGCUUUGCGACGUCUUGAAGCUUUGCUCCAGGACAACCAAUAUCGAAGUGCUCGCAUCCUGCGUCGACACUGUAAAUCUGAACCUGCAGGUUUUUUACGCCCAGGGCGGUGCGGAGCGUUUAUUCAACAUCUUCUUUGAGCGGCUAAAGGCCAUCAACCAAGAGCAGGGCCUAGUUUCGCGCCCGUUGCUUGCUUCGCUAUGCUUCCUCUCCAGGCGGAUGCCGAGUCGCCAAGAGAUUGCCAAGUAUCUGGCCCAUGAGCUUGCCCAAAGCGAUCGCAACAAUGCGACCGACGCCUGCUCCCCCAUUUCGGAUAACAUGGUCAAUCCGCCAUCGGGCGCUGAUGGCGAGGUCUCGGAACAAAUCGAGAAGCUGCUGGCGAGUGGCAAUAGCAUCGACCACCCGACCAUGAAUCGCCUCUUUGGAUACAUCAUCCGCAGACUGGAGGCAGGCUGGGCUAAGAUGGACGACAAUCGUCGGAUCCACGCAUCUCUUCUUACCCGCCUUCGUUUAUUCGACUCCCAGCAUUUCGACAAGCUCAUGUCCGACUGGGUUGGGCGUGUUCGGCUUCUCAAGAGCCGGAAGCGAUUGGAUGCUGUGUUUCCCCUCCUAAUCAUUACCGAUGCCUUACCAGUUUCGUUCCUGGUCGGCCCUGCAAGCUUGACCCGAGCUGCCGCCCCGGGAGAUGCUGAUGCGGCGGCGCCACCUGACUUGACGUCCCCAGGAGCAGUAACCUAUCUUCAGGAAUUGCUUCAUUUGAUCUUGUCGAAUCUGCCUGCCGACACUGAUCUCAGCCAGGAAGAGGCCUACCGCUUUGGCAUCUACCAGCGGGCUAUCCAGUUCAAUCACUACAAAGGCCUACUUUCUCUCAUACGCCACGCGGUUGUCGAAUAUGCCGACCUUCGAGCCCGAGAUGGGAAUGCAAACCUGCCACUUGACGAUGGCACAUAUCGCGAGCGUGUGCUGGGCGCCUUACGCCUCUUGGUGGUGAUGCAUACGGCAGACGUCACAGAAGUAUUCAGCGCCAAAAAUAUCCCCCCAGCGGGAUUCCGUCUGGCCCAUGAAAUAGUUAGCAAUCUUUUCCAGCAGGACGGGGAUCAAAGCGCGGCGUCGGCUGCGCCAUAUGACCAUAUCUUGCGCCUGGCAAACGAACUGACGAUGCCAUUCUGCCAAAUUAAGCUGAAUAUGGACCUUUCUAUCCCACCACCCCGCCAAGCCGAGAAUGAAGACGGCCAGCCGCAAAGCCUCUCUCAGUUUGAUUUAUUUGCCAAAGCUAUGGACCGCGCCAUCGAAGCACAAAACAUUAUGUGGACGACGAUGCUUCCCUGCCUAAGUGAAGAUAUUUCCCGACAUUUACAGAGCCAGGCCCGUUCGCGGUUUCUGGACCUAGUACCGACUUCCUCCAAAAACCCCAGCCCCAGCAAUGUCCAUGAUGCCGUCGCUAAUAGCAAUAAUUUAUACCUUGCCGAGAAGCUCCUUGGCGUUAUCGAGGCCAUCGUCGUAGGCCAGCAGCCGCCAAACACGGCUCAGCUUACCAGUGUCCUGGCCGACAGGCUAUCAGACCUCGUCGAACUUGUCGUUGCGCCAAAGGACCAUGAGGAUAAGAUGAAGGGGUUGUUGAUCCCCAUCAUCGAACACUGGCUACCGAUGCUGCUGAGAUUUGUGCUUUUACACAGCGUGUCCUCGGAACCUCUGAGUGCAUCUGUCAUGACCACUACUCCUCAAGGCAAGCUGGUUCUGCCUCCGCAUCACGAGGCACGAGCACACACUGUUCUGACUCUCUGUCGUCUGUUUCUUGCGCUUGAAGCGCUGCCGAGCCAGGUGGUUGGUGCCAGCUUGCUGCAACAAGUCUUUGAUGUUACCACAGUGUUGGCAGAUGGCUUGCCCGAUGACCUGCGUCUUCACUGUGCCAAGUCCAUUCUUCUCGUCCCCGGCAUGAUGCCAAACUUGCACUCGUCUUCAGACGCUCGCCUGUUCUACAUUUUUAGCGUCCCGCAGCUCACUGCGACAGAUGGCCUGAUGCUUGCCCAUAGGGAAAAGACGACGAUGCCUCAUAGCACAGCAGCCAGGGGUAUGGGUGCAAUGUAUGGGAUUGGCCCGACAUCCCAGGAGAGACUCUCCCCGUUUGUUCUUCGACGAUGGGAAUUGCUUAGUGAGCCCACUCCCAACGUCGGCGUGAAUGAUACGAGCUUGAGUCUAGGCCUUUUUGAAGCCAUUAGAUUACACUAA